AAAGGCAUUUCGAGCGGCAAAUUCAAUAUCUGAAGUGAAUACUGUUUUGAAUGAUAAAGAUGAUCAAACCUGCAUUUGCCCGAAUUGGCAUUGAACAUAAUAGGUAGUAGAAGUAGAUGAGCUUCUUUAUUGUGUUUUGGUACUUUCUAAGUUAUUCACACCAACUCUUUUUCCGUGUCGAGCUCUUAUUCGGUUAUAUGACAGUCCGUGCAAGAAACCAUUCAGCAGGCGUUCACUAAAAUUGCGCAAAUUUCUAAACAAUUUGGGGAUAGUUGCUCAACAAUUUGUGAAGGAAAAGGAAAACUUUGGUUUUUAAUUUGCAGAAGAAGAAAAAUGCAAAUGUUGUUUGCUCAAAUGGCGUUUUGGGUGUGAAUAAAGAGCCAGAAAUUUGGUGAAUCAAGUAUAUUUGAUUGGUUCGGGUCAAGACCAGCAUUUGGGUGUGGAGAAAGAGUGAAGAAAUCAUGUGGGUUGAGGAGAUUUCAUUGGUUGGGGGGGUGCAGGAAAUUUUGGAUUUGAAAGAGUGAGACUUUUCGUGGGGUGAGAGGAUUUUUUUUGGUUUGGAUCCGGGGCAUCACUAGGGUGUGUGAGGGAUUAUGUGAGCUAUGAGAGAAGCACCAAGAAGAAAAUAAACAAAUGUGAAAGAUUCUAUGUGGUUUGUGGAGACGAAAUUGAAUCCGUCAAAUUUAGCAGUCUUUAAAGGGGAAUGGGGUUGAUGUUGAUGAAUGUGUUUCAGUGAUUUUGGUAAAGCCGGGCGAACCGAAAAAAUUGGUACCAUAAGUCCUAUAAAUCUGUUGGAGUUUUAGGAAAAAAAUGUUGAAGAGAAAAUUGUUAAGUGUGUCUUUUAAAGCCGAAUGGUAAGUUUGGGGGAAUAGUUAUUUUGGUGUUUUGGGAAAUUUUUGUUGCGGUGUAGCACUUUUUUUUUGGAGUGCUACACUCUGUUAUGCUUCUGAUAAGACGGGUGUUCGAGAAAAUUUGUGUCAUAAGUGAUUCGGUGUUAUUGGAAAAUUUGUCGACUGUGUUCUUAGUCACCAAGAAAAUUGGAGAAAAAGUGAUAAGAGGUUCGUGUUUAAAGUUUGUUGAAGCGCUAUAUUAAUUUAGUGCUAUUGGUAAAACUAGGUCAUCAUAUAAAGUGGUAGCAGAAGUGCUGUAGUUUUUGUUUGGGUUUCAUAGGAAAAGGUUGUUUUUGUCCUGUAACUGUAUAGGUCUUUUUGGAAAAUAGGGCUGGCUGAUUGAGAAAAAAAUGAUGUCAGAAGGUCGAAUUUUAGUGUAUCUUAUUUUGGACAUUAGGGUCCUCUAAAGAAUUGGAUGUGUUAUAUUAAUAUAGUUUUUAUAAGCUUUUCUUAAUUUGGAAGUUGAAGAUAGUUGCUGGGAGCUUCGAGUAAUUUUGGGGAAAUCGGGUUGUUAAAGAGUAUCGUAACCGUAUAAAGGACUGCAGUGGUUAAGUGUCAUUGUGAUAUUGACCUGUUUAAGGAACACAAGUGUCGUAGAACUGUAAUAGUAGUGUAUUGGGGAACAUUGGGUUGCGGACAGGCAUAGAAUCUUUGAAAAGCUCUACAGCUUUUGAUUUUAUUCUGGCUAAGAGCAGGUUUGAAUCUUGUCCGAACUGUUUUGUUUGCCUCGAGUGUAAGGCUUGAGGGCGGGGAAGAGUAUCGUGUAAGAGUUUAAAGUAGAGAAGGAAAUCCAGGCUGCUUACUUUAGGUUUAGUUUGCGGAAGAGUAUUAUAUAAGAGUAUAUGAAGCAAAGGCAUUGUCAGCUAUUUAUUUCAGCACUUGUGAACUUCUAUUGAAAUGGGUAUCAAGGUGGUAGCCAAGAGGAAGAAUACAGGACGGGGAGAAAGCAAGACCGAGUGUGUAACAGUUGUGAACGGUGAAAACAUGACAGCUGCAAAAUGGAUGUGGAAGAAGGUGAAGCAGGAAUACCGAUUGGUGAGCUUUGAUGCACUGCCAGAGUACCUGAAGGACAACGAGUAUAUAUUGAAUCACUAUAGGUCAGAAUGGCCUUUGAAGCAGACUCUCUUGAGCAUUUUCUCAUGGCACAAUGAGACCCUCAACAUUUGGACGCAUUUGGCAGGAUUCUUUCUUUUCUUAGCUUUGACUAUUUUGAGUGCAAUGGAGCUAACGGGAGUUUUAGAAUUUUCAUCACUUUUCCCGAGAUCCUUGCAACAGAGGCUACAAACAGCAAAUGCCUCGGAGCAUGAUGUGUUGGGUAACAUGAAGCAUGAUCUACAAAUGAUUGUGGAACCUUACUUUCAAACACGAGCAGAUAGAUGGCCAUUCUUUGUAUUUCUUGGAGGUUCAAUGUUCUGCCUUUUUUCAAGCAGCUUCUGCCAUUUACUCAGCUGUCACUCUGAACGCCUUAACUUAUUCCUCUGGCGUCUUGAUUAUGCUGGAAUCUCUAUUAUGAUUGCAACAUCAUUUUUUCCACCUAUAUAUUAUGUGUUUCAGUGUACUCCAAUAUGGCAAGUUGUGUACUUGACAGGCAUAACCACAAUGGGAGUGUUUACAGUUCUUGUUCUGCUAACACCUGCAUUUUCUACUGCAAAGUUCCGGUCCUUUCGAGCAAUGCUUUUCUUAGCUAUGGGUUUUUCAGGUGUGGUUCCUGCUAUUCAUGCAGUCUCAACAAAUUGGAAUGAACCUCAUUGUUUUGUUACCCUGGCAUAUGAACUUGCUAUGGCAUUUUUCUAUGCUGUGGGAACUUUCUUCUAUGUCAGUAGGAUACCAGAAAGAUGGAAACCUGGCUUGUUUGAUAUUGCAGGGCAUAGCCAUCAGAUUUUUCAUUUAUUUGUGGUAGCUGGGGCAUUUGCUCAUUAUUGUGCUGCUCUCAUAUUUUUGGAAUGGCGUGAUAGGAAGGGUUGUGAUAUGCUCGGACAAAAUCUGUGAAUGUCCAAGUUGGUGGUGUGGUUGUAAGUUGUUAUCAAUUGCUAUGAAGCAAAUGCAGCAAUGAGAAUGUAAUAUGAUCUGGUUGAUAAGCCUCUCAUUAUGCCAAGACCAGACUACAUCCCAUUUCCUCUGAAAAUGUGGAGUGUUAUCAGUUCAAUCAUUUUUUUUAAUUUGACAACAAGAAAUCAUGUUGUCAUAAGAUUGAAUUUUCA